UUUCAUCUCUCUCUCUCUCUCUCUCUCUCACACUCUCACGUGCUUUCACUUCACCUUCUUCUUCUUCUUCUUCUUCUUCUUCUUCGUCCCGCCGGCUCCUACUUCCUUUUCAGCAGCUCAUUGUCGUCGGCCCUCUCUCCCUUCAGUACCGCUCCGCAGUCUCCCUUUUAACGGGUUGCGCUGAUUUCUUACUCUUACUGAAAAGGUCAAGAGAAGUUUUUUAUACAAUGGGUAGUAAAAAGAAAGACUCUAACCCGACAGACGAAGUGGAGAUUGAGAAAGAUACAUCGAUGGAUGACGUUGGUGCUGUUGUUUCAAAAUCCUUAAAGAGAAAAAUGAAGAAGGACAAAGAGAAAGAUGGUGAACUGGAAAAGGGGGAUGUUGGUAUUCCCUCUUCUACCUUUCCUAAUUCUGAGAAACCAAUGGAGAGGAAAAAGAAAAGGAAAACAUUUGACAAAGAAAGAAAACGAGCUACUUCAGAACAGGAAAAGCAAAUAAUUGCUAACUUUAAAGCCGAGGAUACUAAGCCAUCUUCUGUCUCUGUUUCAAGCAGUGGUCUCCCAGAAUUUCAUAUCAGUGUUUUUAAGGACUUGGCAUCUGCUGACAUUUUGGUGAGAGAAUCAGCUGCAGAAGCUUUGGCCACUGAGCUGCUAAAGGUUCAAGAAGCAUAUGACAAGCUUGAAAAUAAGGACCUGGUUGAGGGUGGGUUAAAACUGGAAGCUGAGAAGGAUGAUGGCUUAGAUAAUUGUGCACCAUCUGUGAGAUAUGCUGUACGAAGACUGAUUCGUGGUGUGUCUUCUUCAAGAGAGUGUGCUAGACAGGGUUUUGCCUUAGGAUUGACUGCAUUGAUAAGUACACUGCCCAGCAUCAAGGUGGAUUCAUUGCUGAAACUCAUUGUUAAUAUUUUAGAGGUUUCUUCAUCGAUGAAGGGCCAGGAAGCAAGGGACUGUCUUUUGGGUCGAUUGUUUGCUUAUGGGGCUCUUGUGCACUCAGGAAGACUAACUGAAGAAUGCGCUUCUGAUAAAAGCACUUCACAUGUGAAGGAAAUCAUCAGUGUUCUUAUAUCUCUUGCAGCUAAAAAACGUUAUCUUCAAGAACCUGCUGUCUCAAUUAUUUUAGAAUUGAUAGAAAAGUUAACACCUGAGUCAGUGUUGAAUCACUUGCUUGAAGCUUCUGGAAUUCGAGAGUGGUUUGAAGCAGCUACUGAAGUUGGGAACCCAGAUGCACUGCUGUUGGCCUUAAAAUUACGAGAAAAAAUUUCUGCUGAUUGUUCAAUAUUUGCUAAACUUUUACCAAAUCCAUUCACUCCUAGUAGAUUUUUUUCUGUUGAUCAUCUGUCAUCUCUAGCCAACUGUCUCAAGGAGUCUACUUUUUGCCAGCCCAGAGUUCACAGUUUAUGGCCUGUUCUGGUAAACAUUUUGUUGCCUGAUACAGUUUUGCAAGCUCAAGAUUCAAUGUCUGUUACAACCUCAUUGAAGAAGCAUAAAAAGAAUCGUAAAAGUGGCUCUUCUGAAGAAGAAAUUCUGAUAAACUUCCAAAAUUUUUUUGAAGUUAUAAUUGAAGGAGCACUUCUGCUAUCAUCUCAUGACCGUAAGCAUUUGGUGUUUGACAUUCUACUUCUUCUCCUGCCAAGACUGCCAACAAUAUUUGUCCCCACUAUGCUUUCAUAUAAAGUUGUUCAGUGCCUGAUGGACAUACUUUCAACAAAGGAUUCUUGGUUGUAUAAAGUUGGGCAGAACUUUGUAAAAGAAUUAUCUGAAUGGGCACAGCACGACGAUGGCAGAAAAGUUGCUGUCAUUAUUGCUUUACAGAAGCACAGCAGUGUCAAGUUUGACAAUAUUACACGAACAAAAGCUGUUCAGAACCUGAUUUCCGAGUUUAAGACAGAAUCAGGUUGCUUUCUGUUUAUUCAGAACUUGAUGAGCAUGUUUGUGGAUGAAAGUCAAACAUCUGAGGAACCUUCAGAUCAGAGUCAAACAACUGAUGACAACUCAGAGGUUGGUUCAGUUGAGGACAAGGACUCAACAGGAACAAUGGGGAACUCUGACUUUUUGAGAACUUGGAUUAUAGAAUCACUACCAUGCAUGUUGAAACACUUGAAGCUGGAACCUGAGGCAAAAUUCCGGGUGCAGAAAGAAAUUUUGAAAUUUCUGGCUGUUCAGGGUUUGUUCACCGCAUCCCUUGGCACAGAAGUGACCUCUUUCGAAUUACAGGAGAAAUUCAAGUGGCCAAAAGCUCCCACAUCUAGUGCUCUUUGCAUGCUUUGUAUUGAACAACUGCAGUUGUUACUGGCGAAUGCUCAAAAGGGAGAGGGAUCUCAUGGUUUGGUAAAUGGUCUUGAGCCAAAUGACCUUGGCUCUUAUUUUAUGAGGUUUCUCGGUACUUUACGCAACAUCCCUUCAGUUUCUCUAUUCCGUCGCCUGAGUGAUGAGGAUGAAGAUGCAUUCAAAAAACUGCAAGAGAUGGAAACCAGGUUAUGGAGAGAGGAAAGGAAUUACGGUUUAAGUGCUGAUGCAAACAAAUUACAUGCACUAAGGUACUUGCUCAUCCAGUUGCUUUUGCAAGUGCUCCUUCGACCAGAGGAAUUUACCGAAGCUGCAACUGAAUUAAUUAUAUGUUGUAAGAAAGCCUUUUCGUCUGCUGAUCUACUAGGCUCCUCUGGAGAUGAUGAGUUGGAUGGUGAUGGAACAAUGCAGUUAAUGGAUGUUCUUGUCGACACAUUGCUUUCAUUGCUACCACAGUCAUCAGCACCCAUGAGGUCUGCCAUUGAGCAGGUUUUCAAGUAUUUCUGUAGUGAUAUCACUGAUGAUGGGCUGAUGAGAAUGUUGAGGGUUGUCAAGAAAAAUUUGAAACCUUCUAGACAUCAGAAUGCAGAGGAUGACGAUGAUGAUGAGGAUGAAGAUUUUCUUGAUGUUGAAGAAGAAGAGGAAAUUAAUCAAGAUGAAACUGGUGACACAGGUGACAGCGAUGAACAUACUGAUGAAUCUGAAGCCAUAGAUAGAGUUGGAGAAGUAGGGGCAAAACUUUCUGACGGUUCUGAUGAUUCUGAAUCCGAUGGAGGAAUGGACGAUGAUGCGAUGUUUCGAAUGGAUUCUUAUCUUGCCCAAAUCUUCAAAGAGCGAAAAAAUCAGGCUGGGAGCGACACCGCUCAGUCUCAGCUUAUGUUAUUCAAGCUUCGUGUUCUGUCACUUCUGGAAAUCUACUUGCAUGAAAAUCCAGGUAAGCCACAUGUGUUGUUAGUGUUCUCAAAUUUGGCUCAGGUAUUAGUUAACCCACAUACAGAAGGUAGCGAACAGCUUGAACAGCGUAUAUGGGGAAUUUUGCAAAAGAAGAUUUUCAAAGCAAAAGACUAUCCAAAGGGAGAAGCAGUUCAAAUGUCCACGCUUGAAAAUUUGCUGGAGAAGAACCUAAAGUUGGCGUCAAAACCUAAGAAAAAGAAAUCUGUUGCAAAUGUAUCGAAAAAGAAGCAGUUAGCAUCAAAGAAUCAUUACAAGAUGAUCGAUUCCCUGGGUCAGAAUUCAUCGUAUUGGAUUCUGAAGAUGAUCGAUGCAAAAAAAUUGUCCAAGCGUGAACUAAAGAAAGUAUUUGAUAUUUUUGAUAGAGUUUUGGUGGAUUAUUUUCAUAAAAGGUCUCAGAUAAAGAUCGAAUUUCUGAAAGAGAUGAUUAGAAGAAAGCCAUGGAUUGGGCAGCAUCUUUACAGUUCCAUUCUGGAAAGAUGUGUCAGUACAAAUUCAGAGUUUCGGCGAAUUGAAGGGCUAGAUCUAAUAACUGAAACGAUAAAAUCAUCCAUGUCCUCUGAAAAUGGGCAUCAUGUUGCAAAAGAACUGAUGGAGAAAUUUCUUCAUGAACUAUGCAAUUUGAUAAAGGAAUUACUGACGCAUAUGCCAGAAAAGCAGGCUCGGCGAUCUGAUAUACGGAAGUUUUGUGGCAAGAUUUUUCAUUUCGUUUCCUCUCUUAAAAUCAACAAGUCUUUUAUUUCAAGCUUGGCUCCUGAAGCUGUAGCCUUGUGUGAAUCUCAACUUGGCGACCAGUUCGGUAGAUUGAAGCUUCGAGAAUGAUAACAAUAACAAGUCUAAAGCUGAAUGACUUUUCCUACAGACUCAUCCUACUCUAUUCUUGUGAACAUCCAUAAAGUCGAAGGCCAAAGAAGUAAAAAGUUCUUGUAGAAUCUACUUGUUUACAACUGACGUGGAGACUUCGAUGGAUCGAUGAGGAAAGCAUCAGAUAAACUCUUUACUCUGCACAUUGUAAACGGCACGGAAAUUUCAGAUUUCUGCUUCAAGAACAAGACAUUUGAGACCGUCUCCUGAAUGAAUUACAACCUUCUAAUACCGGCAACGACCCGACUCCGGUGUUUGCUUUGCUUAUUCCCAGACAAUCGUGAUCUUUUAUUUUAGACAGUGUUAAAUGUUUAGAAGAAUAUUUAUUACUUGUUAGUUCACAAACUCAAUGUUGAAAAAGUUUUGAUCAAGUUUGUUCCAUUCAAGUUGUAUCCUUCAUUUAAUACCAUUCAGAUUGAUUGGAUUA